CUGCAAGUCAUUUCCUCCACUUGGGCGGCUGUCAUCCCUUGAACAUCUCAUUAUUGAGAGGAUUGGAGGAAUAAAGAGCAUUGGCCAUGAAUUCUAUGGGGUAGAUGUAUAUGGUUGUAAACCUUUUCAGUCCCUUAAGACUUUAAAAUUUGUGGAAAUGUCACAAUGGGAAGAAUGGAUACUACUUGAAGUGGAUGGCCAAGAAUUUCCCUGCCUGGAAGAGUUUUAUGUUAUAAACUGUCCACUAUUGAAAGGGGAUUUACCAAAGAGCCUUCCAGCUUUGGUAAAACUGGAGAUCUGUAAUUGUGAACAGCUAGAGGCUUCACUUCCACAGACUUCAGAAUGUUGUGUACCGAAGUUAGACAACUGUGACGAGGUGGAGAAGAGAAGUAAUGAUAAUCAGACAGCACCUUCAUCAAGGGAAGAUGGAAAUCAGCAGUUUUCUACCUCCAUGGGUAGCAUUAAAGAUCUUCAUGAAUCGUUGUCUAUUUCAGAGUUGCAGGAUGUAUCUUCUGCUUCUCAUGCAUCAGAAGCCAAUUUGGAAGCUAUGCAAUAUCUUGACGAACUAGAGUUGGAGAAGACUCCUCAAGAUAAGACACUGCCAAAAAUUGAUGGUGAAAUUUGAUCAGAAUCCUCUUCGAUGAUGACUGAGAUUCCAGGCACUGAACUACCGUUGGAAUGGAGUAGAAUUAAUGAAAGUCCAGCAAAGGAGAGAGCAGUGCGGUGGUCGGAAGGUUCUGCACUUUCCACAAUAAGAUUUCUAUGUAUCAGUGACUACAAUAAUUGCUCGUCAUUGCCACCAUUUGGGCAGCUGCCAUUUCUUGAAAAUCUCAUAAUUCAAAGGAUUGGGGGAGUAAGAAGCAUUGGCCCAGAAUUUUAUAGGAUGGAUUUAACUUUUCAGAAACCAUUUCAGUCUCUCAAGACUUUGAAAUUUGAGGCAAUGUUACAAUGGGAAAGGUGGACACCACUUGAAGUGGAAGGUGAAGAAUUUCCCUGCCUGCAAGAGUUUUACAUAAUAAACUGUCCCAAAUUGGAAGGGGAUUUACCGAAGUGCCUUCCCUUUUUGAUAAAACUGGAGAUUUCUAAAUGUCAACAGCUUGCAGCUUCACUUCCAUGGACUUCCGAACGGUGCUUACUGAAGUUAGACAACUGUGACAAGGUGCAGAAGAGAAAUGAUGAUAACCAGACAGUUGAACCACAGUUCUCUCCAAGAAUGAUUCAUCAAGAGCAAGAUAAUAAUCAGCCAACACCUUCAUCAAGUGACGAUCAAAACCAGCAGCUUUCUUCCUCCUUGAGCAUAAAUGUGUCAAGCAUGGGCAUGACACAGUUAAUGGAACUGUCAACUGACUCGCACAGCCUCAGAAUUGAGAGAUAUGCUUUGCAUAUGCUACCUGAAGAAAUAUUGAAGAGAUCUUCACUUCAACAUUUAUAUAUCAUUGAUUCAAUUUCCCUCAAGAUCUUUCCUCAGUCCCCUUCAUUGAAAACACUCUAUAUCCAUAACUGCAAAAAGUUAAAAUUUCCCCAACCUAGCAAAGUGAUGAAACAAGACUCAGGGCUUGAAGAUUUAUGUUUAGGGAGCAGCUGUGAUUCUCUCCAAAAUUUUCCAUUGAAUUACUUCCCAAAACUUAAAUCUCUUAGUCUGUGGGACUGCAGAAAUCUUGAGCAUCUCUCAAUUGAGAAGGGAUUGCAGAAUGAACUUACUUCACUUGAUUCCUUGGAAAUCAAAGGUUGUCCUAAUUUGAGGUCCUUUGUUGAAGAGGAAUUUCAAGCUCCAAACCUGACAUCACUGGUUUUCUUCAAUUGCGGGAGUCUCAAGUCACUGCCAGGGAUGCAAAGCCUCAAAUCUCUUCAGUCACUGUAUAUAAACAAAUGUCCAGCACUGGAGUCACUUCCCACAGAGGGCUUGCCAUCCAGCCUAAUCAUACUUUGCAUUUCUUUUUGUGACAAAAUCACUCCCCAAAAAGGGUGGGAGUUAGAUAAUCUUCAUUCUCUAAGUCAUUUUGAGAUUGAAGGUGGAUGCCAAGAAUUGGAGUCAUUUCCAGAAGAGGGAUUGCUGCCAACAAAUCUUAACUCUCUACGCAUCAGCAGGCUUUCAAAUCUUAAGUUUCUAAAUGGUGAGGGGCUUCAAAACAUCACCUCUCUUCAAACACUUGAAAUAAAUUGCUGUAACAAGCUUAAUUGCUUACCGGAACAUGGGCUGCCUUCCGCCUUGUAUUCUCUAAGUAUCACAGACUGUUCUCUGCUGAAUCCGAAGCUUCAAAAUAGGAAGGGGAGGGAGUGGUUCAAGAUAGCUCGUAUUCCUUCCAUCCAGCUUGAUGAGGUCAGUGAUUAAUACAAUUGCUUGUCGAUUUCAAACCAGGCACAAUUCUACAGUUGACACAGGUUUAUGGAGAGUGAUCCUAAAAGUUCUGUUCAUUGGACUCAAGCUGAAGGUUCUUAGAUGGCAAAUCUUAUACUUCCCAAGAUCGGGCAAUGAAGUUGCGGAUGGGUUGGUGAAGUUUAGGGUGGAGAGAGCUAAUGACCUGCUGUUGGUUUUACCAUAAUGUCUACCUGGUGCAUGUGGUCCGUGAAAAGAGUUUUCUGGGGGUAAGAACUCUGUCUCAUACUCUGCUGCACUUUGUGUUUGCUGGCCUCUGGUUGCAAGUUGAAUUGCCCUUGUGCCUGCUAAAUAUUUGGUAUGGCUGGAUAGCAAGGUGUUGGAGGGUGCCAUCUCCUUGUGCUCUCUGUCACUAGUUUCUAUAAUUCAAGGUGCCUGGAGGCUUUUAAAGAUAUGUCACAAAAAUGUAUAAACAUGUUCAGAGUUGGGAGUUGAAUUGGAAAGCAGAUUGUUUAUGGUUUGGUUCUAGACUUGCUUAGUAUCAAUGCUGUCUUUUUCUGCUUACCCAUAUGUUACUUUUGCUUUUGGGGAUUUAGGGGCAUGAAAUUUUCCUUUGUAAUUGUCUUUUGCAGCUGUGUUCCUUUUGUACAGUAACUAGCUGUUGCUGGUAACAAGUAUGAACAUCUGUAUCUUUGAGUGA